AUGGUCAGGAGACCAGCAGAGGAAGGUGAAUCAACUCUGUCUGUCCACAGGUGGGUGUCUGUCCCUGGGGAAGCGUCCUCUCUGUCCUCCCCCCUCCGGGUUGCGCUGUCCGGCUGCACGGCUUGCAUCGCCCACGUCUCCAGGGGCGUCUUGCAUGUGGCCAACCUGGGUGACAGUCGGGCUGUCCUGGGCGUCCAGGAGCCGGGUGGACGCUGGUCGGCGGUCAGCCUCACCAACGACCACAAUGCGCAGAAUCCGGAGGAGCUGCAAAGGAUUCUAGGAGAACACCCUCUGUCGGAGCGGAGGACGGUGGUGCGCCACGACCGCCUGCUGGGUCUGCUGCUGCCUUUCAGGGCAUUUGGUGACGUCCGCUUCAAAUGGAGCGCAGAGAUGCUGAGUCGGGUCUACGAGACGCGUCCAGAUGUCCUGUCUGCAGUCAGCGAGGCCGCCCGGGCACUGCCACUGCACUACCUGACCCCACCCUACCUGAGCGCCCAGCCAGAGGUCACCUUACACCGCAUCAGACCCGCCGACAAGUUCCUGGUCCUGGCAACCGACGGACUCUGGGAGCUGAUGCAUCGACAGACGGUUGUCCAGCUGGUGGGGGAACAACUGACAGGUCUUCAGCAGCAGAGACCCAUAAUUCCUGGUGUGGGCAUAACACUGGGCGGCUUGCAGCGCCUCCUGCUGGAGAGGAGAGGGCGGGUCCUGUCAGUGCUGGAGGACCAGAACGCUGCCACCCACCUGCUCCGCCACGCCCUGGGGGACGACGGCUACGGAGCAGUGGCACCAAAUCGUCUGGCCAAGAUGUUGAGCCUGCCAGCAGAGCUGGCAAGGAGGUACCGCGAUGACAUCACUAUCACCGUCAUCCACCUGAACGAGCCCGACCUUUAAUCAGAACACGGGAAUUCACCUGCUGGUAACCAGGAGACAAACAGGAAGUCUGUUACAUGCUGGUCUGUCCUGUUGCUCUGUGUCAGCUGAUGUUAAAUAAAUAUUCUGAUGUCAUCAUCUUAAA